AACCCAAUCGAAAUCGGAUCCAAAAUUGGAUUUGGAAUCGGAAUUGGCCAGAGGCUCUAAAUGAGUCAAAAGCGAAGGAGAAUUACUUGUAUUCGGAUCCAUUAACAGUUGCAGUCCAAUAAUGCAAAUGACGGCUCUCCAAUGUCCAGUUCUGAUGUUGAAACUUUCAAUGGGAAAAUAGUAUACAAUCUUGAUGGAAGUGCGUUUAUUAUCGAUGCAGGCAAUGCGACUGUCUCGAGCCUUAGCUUAAGUUCAAGCGGUGCCACAGCCACAGCCACAGCUACAGCCACAGCCACGCCCACAGGCAUACACACAACUACAACACGCUCCCAAUUGGUUGGAAGUGGGAAAGGAGCUGACAGAUUAAUCAAAUCGAGCGAGGAUCGAGUGCGAUCGCGUCAAGGUCAAUCUGAAGCGGAUAACGGAAGCCGACCCGGAUGCGGAACUAGAUCUGGAGCUGAAACUGAAGCUGAAGCUGGAGCUGGAGCUGGAGCUGAAACCGAUUACCAGCUGAGUCCGAAAAUUCAUUCGUUCCGUGUGGUCUCCGCCCAAGAUGCCAGUACACAUUGUCAGGAUCCAGCAAUUGCCUUUCAGACAAAUAAGCACAGAUCGAAGCCGAUAUUAAUGUGCUUCAUAUGCAAAUUGUCCUUUGGCAACGUCAAUUCGUUUAGUUUGCAUGCGAAAACGGAGCACAGACUCAAUCUGGAGGAGCUGGAGCAGCAGCUUCUAAAUCGCGAAUAUUCCAGUGCCAUCAUUCAGCGUAAUAUGGAUGAGAAGCCGCAAAUCUCAUUCCUCCAGCCCCUGGAUGUUAACCAGAUAGCCGGUGGUACAGGCGUUGGUACAGCCGGUAUUGGCUGUAUUGGUGUUGGUGUUGGUGUUGAUGCGGGAAGUGGCGGUAAUUUUGUCGAGUCAAUGGAGGAUCAGGAUAUUGCCGCUUCUCAAUUAUCAGCCGAUAAUGCCAGCAUCGGCAAUGAUGAUCGAGAUCAAGAUGAUGAUCGCGAUCGAGAUGAUCGUGAUGCACCUAAAGUAGCAGUUAAAUCAACUGUGAAACUUAGUUCCUUAAAUUCAGCAACAUCAAAGACUAAUAAUCCUAUAAAAACAACAAAAACAACAAGCACAACGACAACGACAACGACAACAACAACAACACCGGCACCCUCAUUAUUAUCUUCAAUCUCAUCCAGUGUCUCACCUGUCUCCACAAUCCGACAGACAGAGGCAGACAGAGAGUUAGAACCAGAACCAGCGGAGACAUUAGAUGAGAACAAGGUGGAAGCAACAGCAAGUGAUGACUCGCCUCUGGAUCUGGUGGAUCUGAAGGCGCCUAGUACUGAUAAUAUAAGUAGCGAUAAGUCUAUAACUAAACGCAGCCAAGGAGCCAGGACCAGCAGUCCAAACGAUCCUCCAUCUCCUACUGAUUCUCCGUUUCCGUCUUCGUCUCCGUUUCCGUCUUCACCUCCAGCUCCAGUUUUAGCAUCAGCUUCAGCUUCAGCUCAGAGACCUAUGGACUUGGAUGCCGAUGCCAGUGCAGCGGAUAUAUUGCAACAGCAUCUGUUGUCGCUUCAGGAGCAACAGCAGCAACAAGUGAUUGCUACUGGAGGCGUCUUCCCACCGAUACAAUCCCAGGCUCAGGCCCAGGCUCAGGCUCAGGCACAUCUCAGUUCCUUUCAUGCAUCCCUCGCAGCGCUGGCAAACGAACAGAAUGCGAGGGGUGUCAAACUACUAACGGACUUUCUGCAGCAGCAACUACAACAUCAGCAGCAGCAACAGCAGCAACAACUUCUUCAGUUCCCAACUACUUGCUCGGACCAUCCAGAUUUCAAGGGAGUGGACUGUAAGGCAUGUGAACUGAUGGAAAUUCAACCACUAAUGGGUAUAAAAUCACCGGCAACUCCACAGUCACAGUCACAGUCACAGUCCCAGUCCCAAUGUCAAUCUCAAUCCCAAACACAAUCACAAUCACAGUCUCAACCUCAACGAUCACCUAAUAACAACAGUAGUGGGGGAUUGUCAUCGUCCAUGCCCAUCUCGCCCAGCGCCUCAUCGGUUGCCAGUGUUGGUAAUCCUACUGCCUCCAGCUUCACAAUUGGCGCCUGCUCCGAGCACAUCAACGGACGUCCUCAAGGUGUCGACUGCGCUCGAUGUGAGAUGCUGUUGAAUUCGGCCCGACUAAACAGUGGAGUCCAGAUGUCAACCCGUAACUCCUGUAAGACCCUCAAAUGUCCGCAAUGUAAUUGGCAUUAUAAAUACCAGGAGACGUUAGAGAUCCAUAUGCGUGAGAAACAUCCGGAUGGCGAAAGUGCUUGUGGCUAUUGUUUGGCAGGUCAACAGCAUCCACGUCUAGCGCGGGGAGAGUCCUACUCGUGUGGGUAUAAGCCAUACCGCUGCGAGAUAUGUAACUACUCGACUACGACAAAGGGCAAUCUGUCCAUUCACAUGCAGUCGGACAAGCACCUGAACAACAUGCAGGAGCUGAACAGCUCACAGAAUAUGGUGGCAGCUGCCGCAGUAGCCGCAGCGAGUGCCAAGCUCCUGCUUCCCAGUCCUUCAUCAUCCCAGGUGGGGGUUGGAGUCGGAGUUGGAGUGGGAACUGGAGUUGGAAGUGGAUCAGGAUUAGGAUCAGGAUCAGGAUCAGGAGCUGGAGCAACGGCAGCAGCUGGUACAGCUAAUGCCGGCUCUAGUGCCAAUGGUACUGCUCAAGGUAGCACUGUGGGUAGUGCGAGUAAUCCUGGAUCAGGAGCAGGAUCAGGAUCACAAUCACAAUCACAAUCGGGUGGUUCCAUCAAGCCGAAGCCCUCGUUCCGUUGCGACAUCUGCAGCUAUGAGACGUCGGUUGCUCGAAAUCUACGCAUCCAUAUGACCAGUGAGAAACAUACGCACAACAUGGCCGUACUCCAGAACAAUAUCAAGCACAUCCAGGCCUUAAAUUUCCUGCAACAGCAACAGCAACAGCAACAGCAGCAGCAGCAGCAAAGUUCUGUUUCUGGAUCUGCAACUGGAGUUGCAGCUGGAGCAAAUGCCAAUAGUUUUCUACCUGGUCCAGAGGUGGCUUUGGCCGAUUUUGCCUACAAUCAGGCACUAAUGAUACAGUUGCUCCAACAAAAUGCAGUACAACAGCAACAGCAACAGCAACAAACGGCAGUAAAUAGCAAAUUGUCGCCAACAUCGCCAUCACCAGUGAGCACUCCCGACCAAUUCUCAUUCUCCAUCUCACCACAACCCAUGAAGAUCUCUCAGGGAAUGGGCAUGGGAAUGGGAAUGGGAAUGGGAAUGGGAAUGGGAGUGGGCAUGGGAAUGAAUAUGGGAAUGGGCAUGAAUAUGGGAAUGGGUAUGAAUAUGGGCAUGAAUAUGGGUAUGGCUAUAAAUGAAACGGUAGCAUCAACUGCAGAGACAUCAGGAGAGCAAUUAUCACAGCCCACUAGCUUGCCGGAAUUGUGGCCAACAGCUCUAUAUAGUUGCCUGAUCUGUGACAGCUUUAGCACCAAUAAUAUGGAUGAACUGAAUCAGCAUUUGCUGUUGGAUCGAUCCCGUCAAUCCCCGACUGCUUCCACCGACAUUAUGGUCAUCCACAACAAUAACUAUAUAUGCCGAUUGUGCAACUAUAAGACGAAUCUGAAGGCCAACUUUCAGUUGCACAGUAAAACGGAUAAGCAUUUACAAAAACUAAACUUUAUCAAUCAUAUACGCGAGGGCGGCUCGAGAACUGAAUACAAGUUGCAGUAUCAGCCGCAGCUUGCCACAAAUGUGGUGCAAUUAAAGUGCAACUGCUGUGACUUCCACACCAACUCAAUACAGAAGCUUUCGUUGCACACUCAACAGAUGCGACACGACACAAUGCGAAUGAUCUUCCAACAUUUGCUCUAUCUAAUACAGCAAAGUCGUAUGCGAAAGGUAUCGUUAGAACUAUCCAUGGAACAGCUGGAGGAUCAGCAGGAACAAAACUCUCAGUCUCAGUCUCAGUCGCAGUCGCCGUCGCAGUCUCAGAAAGUCCUUUGUUGUCAGCUAUGCAACUUUGGAGCCAAGAACCUACACGAUAUGGUGUUGCAUGUUAAGGGUCUGAGGCAUAUGCAGGUCGAGCAAUUCAUUUGCCUUCAACGACGCAGUGAGAACCUUGAGAUGAUUGCUUUAAACGAAGUAUUUAAAGUCACCGACAAACUCUCCGCUGGCAACGCUGAAGACGCAGUCCUUGAUGUUGGACUAAAAUUGGGAACAACAACUGGAUCAGGAUCACAAUCAGUAUCCGGGAUAGAAGCCGGAUUCGGUGGGCAGGGGAUACCGUUAGCUGAGAGCAACAUAUUUUCGCCAGCCUCUGUCUCAAGUUGCUCGACAACAGGUGGCAAGAGUCAGAUACAGAACUCAAAUCCGAAUCCGAAUCAGAAUAUGCACAUUAUGUCACCGAUGGCGACAGUUGGAGAUUUGAGUGGAACGACAACGCCAACAACAACGGUAUUCAAAUGUAAUCUCUGUGAAUAUUUUGUGCAAUCAAGAAAGGAAAUAGUUCUCCAUUUGGAGGCAAUGCAUCCGACAGCGGAGAGCGAAGACUUCAUCAGUAUACCAACAAAUGCGGCUGCCUUGCAGGCUUUCCAGACAGCUGUUGCCGCUGCCGCUCUUGCGGCCGUGCAGCGUUGCAAUGCCACGCCCACAACACCCGAGGAGGAGGAUGGGGAACCACAAUCACAGCCAGAGAAUGCAGAAUGCCAAUUUGACAUCAAGCGUGAGCAGAUGGAUGAGAAUGAAGAUCCCAUCGAGAAUCGAAGCAAAGCUCUGGAACGCAAUCGAAGUAAUGAUGAAUCUCAGCCAGAAUCAUCUGGUGUGUCGUGUCCAUUGUGUCUGGAGAGUGGCUAUAAUGAGAAGUCCUUGCUGGAGGAACAUCUAAUGAGCGUUCACAGCGUAACACGAGAUGGCUUGGCUAGGCUUCUACAGUUGGUUGAUCAAAAGGCCUGGCGAUCCUCUAAAAAGGAGGAUCCCUCCACCAUAACAACAUCAACAGCAGUAACAACAGCAGUAACAACAGCAGCAACAGCAGCAGCAGCAGCAGCAGCAGCAACAACAACAACAACAGCAGCAGCAGCAACAACAACAACAAGUUCCUCUGGGGGUGGUGGUGGUGGUGUCAUGCAGGGAAUAUCCUGUCAGCUGUGUGAGGCAUCCUUUAAGCACGAGGAGCAGCUGCUUCAGCAUGCCCAGCAGACACAGCAUUAUCCAGUGCAGAACAGCGAUUACCUUUGUCUAGCCAGUCAGUCAGCCAGUCUAGCCUGCUCAAUGACCUUUGCCACAUUGCCGGCGAUGAUAUCGCACUUUAAGGAUACGCACAUGAGUCUCGUGAUCUCGGAGCGACAUGUCUACAAAUACCGCUGCAAGCAAUGCUCGCUGGCAUUCAAGACGCAGGAGAAGCUCACCACACACAUGUUGUACCACAGCAUGCGAGACGCCACCAAAUGCUCCCUUUGCCAGCGCAAUUUCCGUAGCACUCAGGCCCUACAGAAGCACAUGGAACAGACACAUGCCGCCGAGUGUCAGAAUCGAGAUGAAAGUCCUCGAGAUCGAGAGCGAGAGCGCGAUCUAUCGCCAAGUUCCAGCUCCAAUAAUGACAAUACAGACAAACUGCAAGCUGACAUCUCCAUUCCCAUUCCCAUCCCUACAUCCCCAUUUGACUUUAGUGCCACGCGACCAAGUGAGCUAGUUGUCAAAAUGAACGAGACUGUAAAGCGUUGCUCCCAACGAUCGCGAUCCCCCUUUCCACCAGAAAAGUCCUCCAAGUCGGAGUCGCAAGAUAUCUCUGCAUUACUAUCGCCGAAUCCGCUUGAGGCGCCACCAACAGAGCAGCAGCAACAUUUUGCCGCACUGACAGCAGCAUUGCUGAAGCAGCAACAGCAGCAACAACAGGAUGCUGUUGGGUUUGAGGCAGAUGGACAGUUGGCUCUGUCUCCUGGAGAAUUGGCACUGCAGCUGGGAAAGAGUCAACAACAUCAGCUGGGUCCUUUUGCAGGCAUGAAUCCGCAAUCGUUGCAGGGUCUGCAGAGCCUACAAAACUUGCAACAGAUGCAACAGCAAUUAAGCGCCGCCGCAGCAACAUCGGGAAUGCCCAUUAAUCCGGUGGAUAUGCUCAAUCUAAUGCAAUUCCAUCAUCUGAUGUCACUAAAUUUUAUGAAUUUGGCGCCUCCUUUGAUAUUCGGAGCUAAUGCAACUGGGGGCUGCUCGGCAGGAGCAGAUGGAAGUGUUCAGAACAAUGGCAUUGGCACAUCUCUCAGCUCGACUGGCAACUCCUCCGCCUGCCUGGUGGAUUCUGGAGCCACUGGAACUGGCACAGGCACAGGAACAGGAACUGGCGAUGGGCCCAACAUGAGUAUCCUUUCACAGUCAAAUACAGUCACAGUCAGUAAUAAUAAUCAGCAACAACUUAGCAACAAUCAGAAAAGGGCCCGCACCCGCAUCACAGACGAUCAGCUCAAGAUUCUUCGAGCACAUUUCGAUAUCAACAACUCUCCAAGCGAAGAAAGUAUUAUGGAAAUGUCGCAAAAAGCAAAUCUUCCAAUGAAGGUUGUCAAGCAUUGGUUUCGCAAUACACUGUUUAAGGAACGUCAACGGAAUAAGGAUUCGCCAUACAACUUUAAUAAUCCGCCUUCAACGACACUUAACUUGGAGGAGUACGAGCGCACUGGUCAAGCCAGAGUUACUUCUUUAAGCGAUACUACACCCACCACCCAAACAACAACAACAACUGGAACAGGAACAGGAACGGAAUCUGGAACGGGAACGGGAUCUACACAUGAUCGGAAUCAUACAGCUGUGGACACUUUGACAACGACAUCCACAUCGAUAUCAGCUGGAUCUGGAUCUGAAUCUGUAUCGCGUUUAGCAUUAACAAAUUCCACUAGCAGCAUAUCCGACUAUUUCCGAACACAAUCGAAUAUGAUAUGCACAAAGUCUGAGCAGGAGGAUUUGGUAGGGUUGCCAUUACCACUGGAGGUUCAAAUAAAGACGGAGCCACAAGACGAAAAUGUUGGCUCUACGGAGUUUGUGUUUCAUAAGAAGGAACCUAAGCAACAACAGCAACAACAGCAACAACAACAACAACAGCAACAACAACAACAACAACAGACACAACAUUCACUUCAAUUUUUAAAGCAAAAUCAGGGUAUAGGCGAUAUGGGCUUGGAAUCUGGAUCAUCGCAUCAGGAUAUGGAAACUAUGCAUGAACAGUCAACAACAUUUCAUCACUAUCACAACCAGCAACAACAGCAACAGCUGCAACAGCAACAACAACAGCAUCAAGUUAAUUGUUUUGAGACAAAAUCGGAAAGUGGUAGCUCCGAUGUACUUUCCCGUCCUCAGACUCCGAAUAGCAUUGCGGCGGGAAAUCUUUAUAGCAGUAUGAACGAUUUGCUAAGUCAGCAGCUGGAAAAUAUGGGCAGCAAUAUGGGACCGCCAAAGAAAUUGCAAAUCGCUGGUAAAUCAUUUGAGAAGCUAUCCGGAACGGUAUCGGGAUUGGUAUCGGCAUCAGCAUCAGCAUCGGCAUCGGCAUCGGCAUCGGUAUUGGCAUGUGCACAGCUUGAAAGCAACUCAUCGAAUUCAUCAAAUUCAUCGUCAUCGACAUCGGGAGGAAAACGGGCAAAUCGAACACGUUUCACGGAUUAUCAGAUAAAAGUGCUACAGGAGUUUUUCGAAAACAAUUCGUACCCAAAAGACAGUGACUUGGAGUAUUUGAGCAAACUGUUGUUGCUGUCGCCACGUGUGAUUGUUGUUUGGUUCCAGAAUGCCCGACAAAAGCAACGCAAAAUCUAUGAAAAUCAGCCAAAUAAUUCGCUAUAUGAAAGCGAGGAAACCAAGAAGCAAAACAUAAACUACGCCUGUAAAAAGUGUAGCCUGGUCUUUCAGCGUUAUUAUGAAUUGAUACGGCAUCAGAAGAAUCAUUGCUUCAAGGAGGAGAAUAACAAGAAGUCAGCUAAAGCCCAAAUAGCGGCUGCACAAAUCGCACAAAAUCUUAGUUCAGAGGAUUCAAAUUCAUCCAUGGACAUACACCAUACAGCAGUAGUCGGAGUUGGUGUGGGAGCUGGUGUUGGUGUUGUGCCUCAAAAUGUGGCAGCUGCUGUUGCUGUUGCUGCUGCCGCUGCAGCAGCUCAUUCCCACUCGCAUUCCCACUCGCACUCGCACUCCCACUCGCAUUCUCACUUCGUUUCAUCGCCCUCGCCGCAGCAUUUGUUUAGUAAAUCAUCGUCCUUAACGGACUUUAGUCCGUCAACAACUCCGACUCCGCCGCAACGGGAGCGCAGCAACAGUCUCGAUCAGCAGCGGAUGCCAAAGUUUGAGUGUGAUAAGUGCGAUUUGCAGUUUAAUCACUUGGAAUUGUUGCGGGAGCAUCAAUUGAUGCAUCUCAUGAAUCCGGCACUCUUUAGUCAGCAGUCGAAUCAGUCGUCGGUCGACGCAUCCUACGGACCCUUUGGCAGCAUUUUGCAAAGUCUGCAACAAGCAGCCCAACAACAACAGCAGCAACAACAGACGGAAUCACAAGCACCGCCAGCGAAGAAAAGGAAGUAUUCGGAGAGCUCAUCUAUUGCCGAGGAGGCAGCGUCUAUUGGGGAGUUUGAGGCAACAGAAACAGGAGCAACAAAUGCAACAGCAACAGCUUCACAUGGGAAGAGCUACGAGUUCCUAUACCAAUACUUUUUGCAACAUGAGACAAAUACUGAAACGAAGCAACAGUUCAUACAACAGCAACAACAACUAGGAACAAGCGAUACAAAUCUUGAGCUGGAAUUUUUAAGCAAUUUCUAUCAGCAAAGUGAGCUUAAGAAAAUCAAUAGCUAUGAUUUUUUACUACAAUAUUAUCGCAAAAAUAAUGAGGAAUCAUCCGCGAAACAGGAACAAUCAUCUUUUAGCUCGAGUAAAAAGCCAACAAUUGAGUUCCUUUUGCAAUAUUAUCAAUUAAAUGAGUCGAAAAAGUUUUUUCAGUUAGUUGCCUCGCCCCAAAUAACAGCUGAUGGCACAGGAUCGAUGCCGUCGUCACAGCAGCCGAACGUGACGACGGAUGAAAUGACAAAUGAUAUCGGCAGGCGAGGGCAAUUAAAACAGGAUCAACAGGAUCAGCAGCAGGAUCACAAACUCGAACAGGAUAUUCUUUAUUACAAUACAAAGUCACAGAUACAGAUACAGAUACCGAUACAGAUGAAUGGAGGGGAGAGCGAUAACGAUAAGAGCUCACAAAAUGGACUUGGUCCGAUUACAACUACAACUACAGUACCUAAUGACAUCGAUGAUUCAUCAUAUGAAAAACUAAAUAACAAUCAUAUCAAUGCUAACUUUAGCCUAACUGAGGGAAAACACUAUGAUUUGAUGAGACAGUCAACAAAAAAUGAUAUCGAUAACGAUAACGAUAACGAUAAUCAAACAGAUCGCACCGAUUGCUUAAAACAACUCCGAACCGAUAAUCCAAAUAAUGGCAAUAAGCACAAUGGACUUCAACGGAGUAGCGAAAGGGUUCGAAACUCAAACUCCACUGAUACGGAUACGAAAUCACAGUAUUUUCAAAAUCUUGAAGACUUCCUCGAUGCCACCAUGAUUGAAAAUAAUUCGCAAAUGCUAACGUUCAAUGACACUGACAAUGACAAUCCCAAUCCCAAUCCCAGUGUCAGUCCAAAACUGAAAAUUAUCGAAAAUGCAGCCCUCUCAUCGGCUGUUAAUAUCAAUGUCAAUGUCAAUGCGAAUGACUCUUUACCUUCCGACUCCUCCUCAGUUCAACUGUGUGCUCCAUCCAAGCAAAAUAAACGCCUGAGGACUACAAUUCUUCCAGAGCAAUUGAAUUUCCUGUAUGAGUGCUAUCAAAAUGAAUCAAAUCCCAGUCGAAAAAUGCUUGAGGAGAUUUCCAAGAAAGUUAAUCUUAAGAAACGUGUCGUCCAGGUUUGGUUUCAAAACUCACGGGCCAAAGAUAAGAAAUCUCGUAAUCAGCGCCAAUACGCCCACAUUUCGGAUGACAACAACAGUUUUGAUGGAUCGAGCGGCAAGGAAGCCGGUAACAGUAACAGUAACUGCAAUAGCAUAAAUAUGAAAUCCCUUCCACUGAUCCAAGAGGCGAUGACAGGUUCCGUUUCCGCUUCCGGCUCUUUAAUUGAAACGGAAACGGAUCAACAGUUGCAGUAUUGUCAACUAUGCCAGAUUCCGCAGGUGAAUAUGCAGAAGCAUGCGUUCAGUGUGGAGCACAUUUGCAAGAUGAAGGAACUUAUUGAGCAAACCAGCGAGUUGUAUAACCAGAGCGACAAUGACAAUGAUUCGGACAGGGAGAAGCGAUUCUACAGCCUCUCCAAGGCAUUGCUCCUACAGCAUGUUGUCUCCAACGUCACCAAUGCCAUUGAGAAGCCAUCCAACACUUUUGAUCUGCCAUCGGAGACAACCUCGACGACUAUGGAGACCAUGACAGGCACUGUAAGGACCGAUGUAAAGGCCACCGAUCGCGAUCACGAUGACGAUGACGAUGACGAUGACGAUGACAUGAACGAGGUUGGCAAUCAAACAAAUAAUUCAACUGGGAAUCGAGACAUCAUGCAACAGUUAUUUAACCGCAAUCACAUCACCGGUAAGAUUUGCGGACCUAUUUUGAAAAUGCUGUAUCUGUAUCUGUAAUUUUGGUUGUUAAACAUAAGAUGGACCUGGCAUUCGGCA